AUGAGCCAAGAGGAGGUAAGCUUUACCGAAAUAUCAGAUUCUGGCAAGCAGAUUUCCUUCUCCAAGAAAAACAAAAAACUCCAGUUAGCUCCUUUUGCUUUUCUCCUGCUUGUUGCCACUAUAGCUUCCAUUCUUACACAGGCAAAUUCAGAGAACAACUCCAACAAAAAUGCUGCUGCUUAUUCCAUCAUAAAGAUGUCAUGCAGCUCCGCAAGAUAUCCUGAAUUGUGCUACUCAGCUAUUGUCAAUGCCCCUGGAGCCGCUGCCAAUUUGGCGUCUAUCAAGGACGGAAACGAUGUUAUUAAAGGGCAGUUAAAAGCUGCUACACGAGCUGUUAAGGACAGUAACGACAAAAUAAACGAAAUCCAAAACGAUCCUCAGAAGAGAUUCACCAAACCGCAAGUUGAUGCUCUCAGUUCUUCUAAGGACAAUAAUGACUAUUCUGGAGAUGCUUUAAAUAAGGCUCACGCUAAAGUAGAUCAGGCUAAAGCUGAUUUACUUAAGUACUACAAGAACGAGAUUCCUCUUAGUGAUCAACAAGCCGUGCCGGACAUCAAUACCCCAGUGAGUUCUUGCCUAAGCUACCAAGACACAGUCAUGGAUGGUUUCUCUCAUUCCAUCGCAGAUAAGCAGUUGCGUGAUUCUAUUUCGGAUGGAGUAGAUAAUGUCAAAAAAUUAUGCAGUAAUAUCUUGGCAAUGAUCAACAAAAAGACAGACGAAGGCAUUGCCAAGGAGCUUAAAAGCACAAAGAGGAAUCUCAAGGAGGAAAACGACAGAAAUGAAAGUGGGUGGCCAAAGUGGUUGUCAGUAGCCGACAAGAGGUUGUUGCAGUCAUCAUCAUUGACUCCAGAUGUGGUGGUGGCUGCUGAUGGCAGUGGGAAUUAUAGUACGGUAUCAGCUGCAGUUGCCGCUGCUCCAACGAGAAGCAGUAAGAGAUACAUUAUCAGAAUCAAGGCAGGUGUUUACAGAGAAACCGUUCAAGUACCAAUCAAUAAGACUAACUUAAUGUUUCUUGGAGAUGGAAGAAGUACAACGAUCAUUACAGCAAGUAGGAGUGUGGUAGAUGGCAUAACAACCUUCCAUUCUGCCACCGUUGGUAAUUUUCGUUUUUCUCUUCAUUUUGCAUAUUGUUCAUUUUUUUAA